CAAAUUAUAAUCGACUUGUUUCUUUCAUCUCAGUUCUCCCAGACUUCUUAAGCUUUGUUUCCUAAAUCAGAUCGUGCUUAGUAAUUGAAGAGAAGAUGAGGAUUCCUGUUGAAGAAAGACGAAUGGCUCUGCUGCAAGCAGCUAGGGAUUCUGAGUACGUGAAGAAAGUGUAUGGAGGAUACUUGAACGUGUACAUGGAAGCUUUCGGAGAAGAAGGACAAAGAUGGGAUUUGUUCAGAGUUUAUGAUGGAGAAUUCCCAGAAUUGGGUGAGCUUCACAAGUACGAUGGGUUUAUAAUCACUGGUAGUGGGCAUGAUGCUCAUUCAAAUGAACUCUGGGUCCUCAAACUUUGCUUCCUCCUUCAAACCCUCGACGCUAUGCACAAGAAAGUCCUCGGCAUCUGCUUCGGUCACCAGGUGCUGUGCAGGGCUUUGGGAGGAAGAGUGGGAAGAGCAUACACAGGUUGGGAUAUAGGGAUAAGGAAAGUAAGCAUAAUGAAUAAGGAUUUAGUUAGUUGCAGAGACAUGGAAAAGAAGGAGGAGGAAGAAGACGAAGAUGAAAUGCCAGCUUGUCUGUCCAUAAUAGAGAUUCAUCAAGACGAGGUGUAUGAGAUUCCAGAUGGGGCAGAAGUGAUUGCUUCCUCCGACAGAACUCGGGUUGAGAUGUUUGCCAUUGCAGACCACAUUCUUGGGAUUCAAGGUCACCCUGAGUACACAAAAGACAUACUCCUUAAUCUCAUCGAACGCCUUCUCAAUAAUGAUCUCAUACAGGAGGGAUUUGCAGAGAGCGUGAAGUGUGGAUUGGAGUUAGCUGAACCAGACAGAAAAAGCUGGGAAAAGAUAUGCAAGAAAUUUCUCAGCGGAAGAUAUAUGGGGGAAUGAACAAGAUACAACAGAAGCACAUUAUCUCAAUAAGCGGAUCCAGUUUUCUCUCCUCUUUUUUUUUUAAGGUGAAAAAAAAAAGGAACCUGGAAAUGAUUAGCCACAUAUGAAUUAACUCUGUAUGAAAAAUGACUCAUUUAGCAUCAUUAAUGAAGUAAAUAAGUUAAA